CCCACCUCCUAGUGCUAAUGCUAGCACAAUAAUUCACUUGAAAUAAUACAGAUGUAUAAAAUAUAAUCACAAACAUAUAGUUUGGUCUAUAAUGGUCUAUCUAUAGUUAUCCAUCACUGCCUUAUAGUCACUUAUCAACUGGACAUAAUGAAGAAAACAUGACUAAAGCAUGUUUAAAACAUGAUCAAGUACUAGUUAAUGCAUGAACAAAUAUGAGGUUGCACUUAAGCACCUCUCACUUAGUUGCAGGUGGAGGCUUUGUAUUGGACAUUGUUUGAGAAGAUGGGGUACAAUCUUAAGACAAUACCACAUGCUAUCUCAUUCUAUGCUUUUAACUCUUUCAAACAAUAAUUUAGCUUGGAAUUGGGUUUCCAGAGAACCUCAAUUAAUAUAAAUAUAAUUACAAUUGCCUUCAAAAACAGCAAAAUCAUUGAUAUCCUCAAGUAUUAGUUACACCAUUUUUUUAAAAUUUGAGAUACUUUCUCUGUUGAGUUUUUUCUUCCCUCAAACAAGGACAAAAAAUGGGUUUCCGGUUAAAUGUUAUUCGGCGAGCACUACUAAUUGAUAGACCAACAACUUCAAAAUCAGCAGAAGUUUCAAAGGGAUAUGUUGCGGUGUAUGUUGGAGGGAAACAAAAACGGUUUGUGAUCCCAAUAUCAUACUUGAACCAACCAUCAUUUCAAGACUUGCUGAGUCAAGUUGAAGAAGAGUUUGGAUAUGAUCAUCCUAUGGGUGGCCUCACAAUUCCUUUCCUUUCUUCAAAAUCUGUCAUCAACUUCUCUGAAAAAAUAAUAAUGGCUAUUCGUUUGCCUUUGAUCAUGCAGGCUAAGAAGCAUAUCCUCUGCAGCACACUUUCAAGCAGCAAAAAAGUGUCAUCUGUUAAUAUACCAAAAGGUUAUUUGGCAGUAUAUGUUGGAGAAGAGAAAAAGAAGAGAUUUGUGGUUCCAAUAUCAUACUUGCAUGAACCUGCUUUUCAACAAUUGCUUUGUAAAGCUGAAGAAGAAUUUGGGUUUAAUCAUCCAAUGGGUGGUCUCACCAUUCCUUGCAGAGAAGAAAUCUUUGUUAGUGUUACUUCUCAAUUGGAAGUUUAAUCACAAACAACAAACAAAUCACCAAGUUCAUCAUAUAUCACAUACUUUUCUCUGCAAAGCCACUUGAAUAAAGUGUCAGAAAAGACUCGUGUUGGUUUGUAGGCAUAGCUAGCAAUCCUGAAAGCAGUCUGAGAUGUUACACCAUCCAUUGCAUAUCACAACAGAUUGAGAGCAAGAGUGAUAAGUACACAGGUUCCUGUCAAGCCAUGAUCUUUGCAGCCAUUUCAUCAAAUGGACUAUACAGUACCAAAUAUUACUAGAAACCUUUCUGCUUUGAAUCCUGUUGAAAUUAGCAGAACACAUGCAUGCAUUAGGGAUAUAAUUUCAUUCUUGAAGAGUUUAUCAUCUGGUCUCAGAAAAUGUCAUGAUGAAUAAGAUUAGUCUAGAGAAUUACAUCUAGAAGCAUUGAUUUAAGGUACCAGAGAUAUGUUGUAAAGCAUUUUUGUAUAUUAUGAAAUGAGAAAAACAAGGAAUUUAUUUAACUACUCUUACAACUUGUAGCUUUUAUAUUAUUUUCAUGGAUCAAUUGAUAUUUAA